CCCCCAUUUCUCUCUCCAGAAUUCUCAACAUGCCUCGCAGAAGCUCUGGUGGUAAGUUUUUCUUUCUAUGAUUUUGGAGGAAUUGCUUUUCGAUUGUUUAUUGCUUCAAUAAUUUUUGAUCUGUUUGGAAGCUCAUCUACCGUCGAGAUUUCAUUCUUAGGGUUUUUUUUGCAUUCGUUACAUUUCCCUCGACUGUUGGAAUGAUUAAUUUAGGAAUAUAACUGUAAUUUUAUGCUGAUUGAUCGUAUUGAAACUUAGUUUGUGUAUCCAUAUGAUGUGAUUGGGAAUUUAUGAACUUAAAUUUGGAAAUGGUUACGAGGGACCCUCAUGGGCUUCUUGUUGGACGAGUCAUUUAGUGAGAUAGACGAAGCAUGCUUAUGCCCCAUUAUGCGGUAUUUUCGACAUGGUUAAAAAUCGGGUUUUUUCUGUUGUUUUGGAACAAUAUGUGAACGGCUAUCAGCAGCAAUCGUUACAAAAGUAGCUGAGCCUGAUCUUUGUUAUUCCAUAUGGGUUCCCCUUUGGUGGAUUUUUCGCAGUACCUUGCAAACCUGCCUUAACAGUAAAACCAAAACAGUAAAAUGAAAUGCAAAUAAUUUACCUCUCAAAAGCACUAGCCAAAGGAGUUGUCUAGACUUUGAAAAGUAGAGGGGCUUUCAUUGCUGAGAAAUACAGUAUGAGAUGGGGAGAGAGAGCACACGAGGGAGAAGGAUAGGGGCCGAGGAGAGUGCCUAUGGGAGGAGAGGAGAGAAAGAGAAGUAUUUUUAGGGUUUAAAUUAUUUUUAACCUGAUAAAAAUCCCCAACUGUGCCUCAUAUGCAUCUGGUACUCCCCACCUAAGAAUCGUGUGCCUCAAAUGUGCCACAGCCAUGUGAGGCAUAUUUCAGUCUCAAUGUCAACAGCAGAGGCGUAGCCUCAGAAUUGGGUUUGGGCCACACUUGACUGUUUUUAAAACCAUGCUAGGGCAACAUUAGGAGUUCAUUCCUUUGUGUGUGAUAUUAGUAGCUUGUCUUUGCUUCUCUAAGGGUGGUGGCUGUGUGUCUGCAAUAAGUUUUAUAACGUCACUUAUUAGCCUGGAAUACUGUUCAACUCUGGCAAGGAUCCCUGAAUCUAAGGUUAACUCAAGCAGUUGGCCAAAGUUUCUUCUAUAGCUGGGACAAAUGCUGGCUUGUGUUUGUAAUUGUUUGUGGGUUUAUUUGCGUUUGCGAAGCCUUUAUUUGGUAGUUGUAGUUUCAGAAUGUAUCAAGUUAGUCUAAUGUAUUUCUGGACUUCAAAAAUUAGACCUUUGUUUACAAAUAGAGGGACUAGUUUGUUAGGAAUGCAGGAAAACUAGAUAUGCAUGUAAUCAUGAGUUAUGCAUGAUGAGGGACUUGUAAUGUUUUGACUUUUGAAGGCAUGAUAUUUUGCUAUGUUUUGAGCUGUUUGUAACGGACCUUGAGACUUUUUGUGUCCAUGGCUUUUGAUGCUAAUAGAAUAUAUCUUGCUUAUCUUGCAGGAAGGUCAGCUCGGGCACCUGCUCGUGCUCCAGCACGUAAUCCCCCGGCACCAGCAAGCCGUGCACCCCCUCCUGCCCCUGUGCAGAGCAGUGGCGGGUCGAUGCUUGGAGGCAUUGGUUCAACUAUAGCCCAAGGCAUGGCAUUUGGUACUGGAAGUGCUGUUGCUCACAGAGCUGUGGAUGCUGUGAUGGGUCCUCGCACAAUUCAGCAUGAAACUGUUGGUGCUGCUGCUACAGAUGCUGCUGCAAAUAACCCUGUUUCUGAUGCUUGUGGCAUGCACUCAAAGGCAUUCCAAGAUUGCCUUAACAGCUCUGGAAACGACAUCGGAAAGUGCCAGUUCUACAUGGAUAUGCUGUCGGAAUGCAGAAGGAAUUCGGGUAUGACCGCUUGAAGCAGGCGAGCAUCAUAUUCAUCAUCAUCUGUUGGAUGCUAUCAAUCAUUUGAAGUAGAAAUAGUUUGUGUUAAAUAAAUUGCCCACCAGGAUUUUGUAUCAUCAUGUGUUUGCUUGAUGAUCAAAUGAACAAGCAUGCAUUGUUGUCAGUUGGAGAUGAAGAUUUUUACAUCUAAUUAAUAGCAUGCAUUCUGUUCCUUCUUUUCUUCAACAAUACUAAUUCCCAAUUGAUGAGGGAGGAUCUUGUAUUACACAACAAACAAACGAAUUUAUAAAUGUGGUUUGUUG